UUUUCCGCGCUCCCAGUACGGUCACACCACCCGCCACAUUAUCAACUUAUCAGCUUUCCGCAACAGCACCAACGGUCAAUAAACAUUUAAUUUGAAUUAUUCCUUCGAUUGAGAUGGCUGCCGAUCCGGAUUUUGACACAAAGAACGGGAUUGUGGACGGUCCAACGCCCCCGCACACCGAUCUCUCGGCCCAGUAUAAGCAGAGCUUUGCCUAUUACACCUUCCGUGUGCGAUUACCUUCGACCUUGGCCACCAUCGCCGCCUCGCUGGUCAAGGACAAGGACGAACUGCUGGCCACCUACGGAGUUGCAGCAGGCGCGGAUAUUGAACAAACUACGAAGGCCGUGACGCAGCUGAGGGAGGACAUCCUGAGCAAUGCGCCCCUCCUGCCGUUCGAGGGCAAGGAACCGGACACUGCGCUGUGGAAUGCGUUCCUCGAAAAACUCCCAGCCGAGAAAAGGACCUACUUCACUGCAUGUUGGCUCUACGCCGAGUGCUAUAUGUACCGCAAAAUCUCAUCUAUUUUCCGGGGCACCUCCCACCUGGCCGCCCAUGACUACUUCAGCCCGCAGAAGCAAACGGCGACCAAGCUGAGCGUGGACGCCAUGCUGGCGGUGGCCAAGGCCACGCGGCAAAACGAACGCAACUCGGACACCUUCCGGCAGCUAAUAAAACUGAACUUGUGGGGCAACCGCUGCGAUCUGUCCAUCACCUCCGGCAAACAGGUGAAGCCCACUGGCAACGCCUUUGACCAAGUCACGGACCUCGAAGAGAAGCUGCUGAUAGAUGGCACGUUGGACGUCUGGAAAUCCCUUGACGGUGGCUCGAGUGCAGGCAUCGUGGACAUUAUUUUCGACAACGCCGGCUAUGAGCUGUACACGGAUCUGAUCCUGGCUGAGUACAUUAUUGACAAGGGCUUGGCGGCGAAGGUGCGGUUCAACCCAAAGGCCAUUCCCUGGUUUAUUUCGGACGUGAUGGCGCACGACUACCACUGGACGCUGCGGUUCCUGGCGGAGCACUCGGACCCUGUUUUGAGCGAGCUGGGGAAGAAGUGGCAGCGACUCACGGGUGAGGGCAAGUUCGAGCUUGCUCCCCUGGAACACUUCUGGACGAGUCCAUAUGAGUUCUACCGCAUGCCGGAAGCAAAUCCCGGACUCUAUGACCGCCUUAAGGAGGCGCAGCUGGUGAUAUUCAAGGGCGACCUUAACUACAGAAAGCUUUUAGGAGACUUCUCCUGGGACAGCACGGAGUCAUUUGAAACAUGCCUCCGGGGCUUCCGCCCUUCGAAUCUCUGCACCCUGCGGACUGUGAAAGCGGAUCUGAUCUGCGGCUUGGCCGAUGGCGUGGCGGAGCAGUUGUUCGCCAAGGACAAGGAGUGGAUGCUGACGGGCGAAUACGGCGUCAUACAAUUCGCCAGCAAGUGAUGCAGGUCGCUGGUUAAUAGUUCAAUUGUAACUUAGUCGAUAGACAAUUUGUUAACAAAGGAGUGGAUCGCUUUUUAGAGAAAAGCGCGGCCAAGGUCGAGUUCCAAUCCUAUCGCCUUUCGAAAAAUACUUUGUAAAUAAUACAAACUUCGUUUUGAAGCUGUGAUUCCUGGGGGAACGCCUUAGGCACUCGAUCCACUCCCUUUGAUGGCCUUUUGCAAUGUUAUUCUAGCACAUUAACACUCACACGCAUGUAUGUCAGUUGCCCAGAGGGCAAAUAAAUAUUUCAAAAACUA